CCUCCCGGUGGCGGCGGCGGAGCCACGUGGUGGGGCCGGGAAGCCGCGGCCGCCGAGCGCCCGGGCGGCUGCCCCAGCUGGGCAGUGCUGCUGUGCGCCGCGCUCGGUGCCCGCGCUCCCCGCUCCGCGCUCCCCGCCAGCCGCCCCGGGGCAGGAGGCGCGCCUGGCGGCCGGCCGGCCAGACAAAGGAGGCGCGGCGCGGCGGAGCCGGCGCGGGCCAACGGACCAUGGACUCGGGGCGCGAGCGGGCGGCCCCAGCCCUGAGGACCCGGCGCCCCCGGGCCCGGCCCUAGGCGCCCGGCUCCGCCGCCCGGGGCGCGCAGCGGGGAGGACGCGGAGCCCGUGCGGCGCGGAGGAGGAGGCGGCGGCCGCCGAGCUAGAGGGGCGCCGCGGCGGACGGCCCGCGCGGCCCCCGGAGCCAUGGGCAAGUGCAGCGGGCGCUGCACGCUCGUCGCCUUCUGCUGCCUGCAGCUGGUGGCUGCACUGGAGAGGCAGAUCUUUGACUUCCUGGGCUAUCAGUGGGCUCCUAUCUUAGCCAACUUCCUGCACAUCAUGGCCGUCAUCCUGGGCAUCUUCGGCACCGUGCAGUACCGCUCCCGGUACCUCAUUCUGUAUGCAGCCUGGCUGGUGCUCUGGGUUGGCUGGAAUGCAUUUAUCAUCUGCUUCUACCUGGAGGUCGGACAGCUGUCCCAGGACCGGGACUUCAUCAUGACCUUCAACACGUCCCUGCACCGCUCCUGGUGGAUGGAGAAUGGGCCAGGCUGCCUAGUGACACCUGUCCUGAACUCCCGCCUGGCCCUGGAAGACCACCAUGUCAUCUCUGUCACCGGCUGCCUGCUUGACUAUCCCUACAUCGAAGCACUCAGCAGUGCUCUGCAGAUCUUCCUGGCUUUGACUUCAUCGGUGGCUUUGACUCCUACGGAUACCAGGCGCCCCAGAAGACGUCGCAUUUACAACUGCAGCCUCUGUACACGUCGGGGUAGCCGCGCUCCCACCCGGGCGCCGCGUGCUUGCUGGCUAGACUGAAGCUGAGGCCACCAGGUCGGGCCCAAAUGGCAGGCGCGCCCCCUGGCGGCUAGAGGACCGACUGCAGCCUGCACUGGCUGGGUCCGCCGGACAUGGACCUGGCCCUUCGCAGCCCGACUCCAAGGGUGGGGCGGGCCGGGCGGGGGAGGGGAUCGCGGGGGUUUGUAUUUUUUUUUUUUUUUUUUUUUAAUCUCAGCCUUGGUGUGCGCUGGGGCCUCCCUCCCUGCUCCAGCCUCUUCUUUUUGAAACCCUUCACCCAACUUCCGGUCCCGUGUCCAGAGAGAAAUGGCAUUCACCUCAUUUUACCACACUGGUUCACCAGCCUUGGGGAGAGUUACUGUGACCUAGAAGCAGGAGUCCUGGGUUCCAGUUGCAGCUCCGUCACUGACUCUCUGUGUGACAUCUGGCAAGGCCCUUGCCCUCUCUGGGCCUCAGUUUCCCUCAAAUAAUUAAAAUAAUCUCUUAGCAGAUGGAGCUCUUUCUAGCCUUUUCAUUUGACUCUUAAGUCCCCAGGGCGAGGCUGGGAUUAUAACUCCCAUUUUUCAGAUAUGGAAACUGAGGCCCAGAUAUGAAGCGUUUGCUUGAGGCCACACAGCUAGGCUUUGGGUGGAGGCAGGCCUUGAACACGGUGUACUUUCUGCAGUUUCAGGCUCCAGAACCCCUGGGAUCUGGUCUCUGAAUUCCAUUUCUGAGCCCCCAUCCAUCUGGGACACUCUAGAACCCACAUGAUCUACACCACCUCUCCUGUAGCAAUAUACCUGUUCUCUUGGGAACCAGAUGAACAGAGCCCAGAGCCCUGAAUUCAGCCUGACCCACAGGGAAGCCCUCCUAGGCUCGGCCCCUGCCCACCUUGGCAAACAUUUCAAGCUCAUUCCAGUAAGAGGGGAGGCCACACCUCAGUCACCCCACCCCCUUCCAGGUCCCUGAGGCCGGGUCUGCUGCAGCCAUGAUCCCUACCUCGUCAGCAACCCCACUGACCCCUGAUGGUUCCAUCCACCUUCCAGAUGGAAGACCUGUGGUUCCGGAAUAGAAGAGGGCUGGUCGGCGCGGCCCAGUCACCACUUUUCAAAGAUCACCAGCGUUUGUGACCACUCCAGUGUCCAGGAGAAACCUCUAAGGAGCCCAGAAGGAGUUCUGAAGAGGCAGACUGGGGGAGUGGGUCGUGGUGUGGGGCCGGGAGGGCCAGCACCCUUGAGAGCAAACAGAGAUGAGAGCUCAUUCUCCCCACCUCCUUCCACAGACACCCCUGAGGACCUUGGUUCCUGUGUACGGGCUGGGAGUCCAAGGGCAGGAGGGUCAGGCCUCAGCUCCCAGUCUGUGAUACAGGAGUGGCCCUGGGUUAGGAAGGAGGGCAGGAGGCGUGGGGGACUUGGAGGGAAACCCAGAUGGCUCGUACACCUGAGCCCGUCCGUGGUGAACACUCCCUCCUUGCUCUCCACCCUCUGAUCUAGCGUUCCCUACCGUCUGUGGCCAGAAUACCCUGGGCUAGGACCCCACCGCACCAUCCCAUCUGUAGUGCUGUGUCAAGGAGCCGGCCCCAGGAGUUCCUCUGGUUCCCCCAGGCACUGAGUCCCGGGUGGUCUGCCUAGGUAACUGUGCUGACGGCUCAAGAAGGGAGCAGUUCCCUUCAGACCUGACUGCUUCCCUGCCUCCAGCCCUCUCCUCCCACCCCACACGCCCCGCCUCCUUUCUACUCCACGGGUUUAGCCACUGGUGCUUUGAAGCCUUUUGUUUUUAUGAGAUGGAUUUUGCAAGGGGACCCAAGUUCUUUUCUCACUGGGACCUUGCAAGGCAGGGAGUGCUCCCCUGGUUUCUGUGCAGGUGGGUUGAUUAAAGAUGGUGAUUUCUUCUCUA